GCAUGGCUCGCGUGAGUCUUAGCGAUUGGAUGUCUACUCUACCUGUUGAGGUGCUGCAUCAGCCUCUCAAUUUUCUUGCCAUCCCUGGCAGCCAUGAUUCGUUCACAUACGGCAUCACCAGUAAGUCGAAACCAUCACCGGAUGGCGAUGGAUAUUACAUCACGCGACUGCUACCUCAGUUCAUUAUUGGACCUGUUUUACGUUCUUGGUCGGUUACGCAAAAUGUCGAUGUUGCCGACCAACUUCGCGGCGGGAUACGUUACUUUGAUUUGCGCGUGUGUCUUCGCAUUAAUCGGAAGGGUGGGAAACCAGUGCAUGAAUUUUUUCUCGUUCAUGGUCAGUUCGCAGUUCAAGUCGUGGAACUGCUCAAAUCCAUCAGCAACUAUUUGCACGAGCAUCCGCGAGAAGUGGUUUUAUUGGAUUGCAACCACUUUUACAAUUUUCAAUCGGUGGCCCAUAUUUUGGAGUUCGAGUCUAUGGUCGUCGAGGUUCUUGGUGCUUUGUUGUAUCCUUGUCAAGAUGACGUGCCAUCGCUGCAGAGCAUGUGGAAUCACGGGCGGCGGAUUUUGUUCUUCAAUCACCUAUCCGACAGCGACCGCGAGCAUUUUUGGCCUGGACAUCGCAUGAUAUCGCUUUGGCCCAAUACAGCUCACGUGGGCUCAAUGCUUCACUUUCUUGACUACCAUUAUUCUAGAGAAAAAUCGAUGCGGAAACGAAAUUCAUUUUACGUAUUCCAAGGUGUCCUAACUCCAACUCCGUCGUACCUUUGUCGCCACCUGUACGGAGGCUAUCGGCGGCUAGCUAGGAUGGCUGGUGAGGCGUUCGAACAUUGGCUGCAAGAUCCACCACGGUUCGCCGGACCGAAUGGAGUGAAUGUUGCCAUCAUCGACUUUGUUAUUUCCGAUUUCCCCGGUUACGCGUGGCAGGUGAUUAAACUGAAUUACAAAACUUGGGUUCCAACAAUGUAUUUUUUGCCUUGAUGACGCCUGUUUUCAAUAACCCGGUGGGGAUAUGUCUCGCACGAUACGUCCGACAUACUGCGCCAAACGUUAAUUCAACUAUUCUGGUUUAUAACCUUUUUCUAUCGUAGUUUUCCUUUUAUCCAUUCUUCUCUCUAUGUGAUGCAUUCAUCUACCCAGGUGUUGAUUUUUGUCACGAUGAAUUGUAGUGUGCUUGCAGCGCUCUACCAAUACACGUAUUUCAACUUGA